AUGUCUUGGGCUGCGUUAAGUCCCGAAACCCCUGCAUUCAGUGGUACCCGAGCAGUUGUACCACCGACAAGUGUUAUUCUCACUGGCAACCAGGAGGAAUGGGGUUAUCAUUCGCCUGCUACCCUGCUGUGUAUCCCCAAGGCCGACUCCUUCGACGACCGGUCUUUAACGCUGGUUGUUCCAUCCCACAUAUGUGGAAUCCUCAGCACCCAAGAGGGUGUUUCCUCCCCAUUCUUCUUCUUUUGCUCUAUUCCUGAAUCUCUAGUCGUCUUGCUCGUGACCGAUCCGGCCAUGUAUCUCCCGUGCUUGCUCUUGCUCUUCACUCGCUCUUUAGCCUACCUCUUCACGCCCGACAAUACCGAAACGCUCAUAGACCAUCGAAUCCCUGUGGUUUUUGACGUCGCCACUUCUCAAACGCUGUCCUAUGCAGAAGCCCCCAUCUCUGGCUUCUGGAUAACUUCUUUUCUCACAGCUACCGACGGUUCGCAGUAUUUCCUUGCGUCGGGCCUUCUCGCCUCCGAAUCUGUCUCAGCAUACGGAGCCUCCCUGCUCGAUCUGCAGACGUUUCAACGCCACGCAUUUUUUGAUCCGGCUACUUUCACCAACGCGAAUCUGGAAAGCUUCAAUUUCACCACUCAAGACUAUGAACUCUCCGGGAUACCCCCUGAUAACCUAGCAAUGAAGCUCUCUAGCGAUGUGCCAGGGGCGUCAUUUGACCUUAUCCUCCAUGCUACAUCCCGGGCGGCCUAUUAUUACGGUACAGGGACGUAUCGAUACGUCAACGACACGAUGUACAACUGGGUUUUCCCUGCCACCAAAACAUCAGGGUCUAUUACCGUACCAGGACAGUUUGGCGAUGAUGCUGAGCAGAUCGAACUUGACCCUGCCGCCUCUCUAACCUGGUACGACCGCGUCUGGGGAAGCGCCGAGCUUCGUAAAGGCAACUCGACCUUUUUUGUCCUCUAUGUUGACGACAGCGACUUGAUCCUUUGGAUGAACGUCGUUGAGAGCCUUGAUCCUCCUUUCAAAUCGCGGAGCGUUAAUAUUUGUGCGCGCGGGAAGAGUUGGCAUCAUAUACAUGCAAUUGAUGUCUUUGAGCCGGAUACGGAUGCGGUCUGGACAUCGCCCCGGACUGGGAAGACGUACCCGCAGGAAUGGAGACUUGGUAUUGAAGGACGCGGAGAACUGCAUAUCAAAAGUGUUAUUGGGGAUCAGGAGCUCGCUGCCAAGGGCAAUGACGGUGCGGGGAUCUAUAUGGGGUUUUCAACGUUUGAGGGAGUGUUGGAUGGGGAGGAUGUUACCGGCUUUGGAGUCUCGGAGCUGCGGCUUGCCGGGAUUGUCUAA